AUGUCUACACUCUCAUCAGUAGAAACAAUGUCAGAAGACUCAGAAAAGUAUAACUUCGACGAUGGUGUUUACGACGGUGUAAAGAAAGUGAUUAUAGGAGAAGACUCUCAAGGCGUCGCUUACAUCAAGAUCCAGUACGUGAGAAAUGGAGAUGUCGUGCAGCUAGAACAUGGAAGCGAAAGAGGAACACAAAUCACAGAGUCCGAGUUUGAAGUCAAUGACCCAGACGAAUACAUCACAUGCAUUGAGGGAACACGUGGAGAAGCUAACCGAUACGAUAGUGAUAUCCUUAUGUGGAAUGAAACGCUUAAUCGUACGGUGACAGAGCUUCAAUUCAAGACAUCACACGGGAGAACAUCUCAGAAGUUUGGUAAGCCUGGAGCUGACAGCUUCGAGUUCAAGUUGGAGGGCGAAAAUGGAACGAAGCUUGUUGGGCUCCUUGGAUGCUCUGGUCGUUUUCUUGACGACAUAGAAGCUAACUUUGACGUGGUCUCUUCUGCUUUAACGCAGUUAGAGCCUCAAGGUGGGUCCGAUGGGCAUUCUUGGGAUGAUGGGGCUUAUGACGGUCUGAGGAAAGUGUGUGUUGGAGAAGAUGCUGGCCGUGUGACCUCCGUUGAGUUUGUGUAUGCCAAGGGAGACCAACGUAUAACUCAUUGUCACGGCAUGGAUUCAAACGAACGUAAAGAGUUUGAGCUGCGGUAUGAAGAUGGUGAAUAUAUUAACUCCGUGGAGGGAACUAUUGAUGCUGAUGGUUUUGUCUCGUCUUUAAUCUUCAACACAUCAAUGGGUAGAAGCUCUGAGGAAUUUGGAAAAGCGGUUGCUAAGAACGAGUUCUUCCUCAAGCCAAUAGGGUUUCAUAAGCUUGUUGGCUUCCGAGGAAGGUGCUGCGUUGAUCGUGUCAAUGCUCUUGGUGCAAAUUUCGCGGUGGUGGUAGCUCCUCCGGUCAAGAAACUACAAGCACAAGGUAUUGACUUUGGUGAAGAGUGGGAUGAUGGGAUCCACGACAAUGUUCGUGUGAUAACGGUAUCUUACGGCUACGAGUCUGUGAUAUCGGUCACGUUUGAAUAUGCCAACGGAACGGGGAUUGUGCUUGGAGACGUUCGCGGGGACUUCGAAGAAAUUGGUGAUAAAAAAGAGUUCAAGCUCUGUGAUAAUAAUGAAUACAUCAUAUCCGUCCAAGGAUUCUUCGGUCAAAAGUUGCUAACUUCUGCAGCUGAUGACAGCGAGUUUGAGUCUAUAUACUACAAAAUGAAGAGGCUUGAUUUCAUCACAAAUAUUACAACAUAUUCAGUGUUGGAAAACGAUCCAAGUGACGGAUAUAAGGACGUAGUGCCGUUCAAGUUGGAGGAGAAAGAUCAUAAGAUUGUUGGGUUCCAUGGCAAGUCUACAGAACUUUCUCUACGACAAAUUGGUGUUUAUGUUAAGCCAAUCGAUGACGCUAAUUAAGCUUUUAA